AUGAGGGUGGCCGACCUCUCCUUGUUCCAUGCUGGUGAGUGGAGCGUCAGGCGUCUACAGAUCAGGUUUCGCGACGCCAGUGAAGUUCAGCAACUUCCUUCGUUCUGGGACGCCGUCGUACCUGUCAGUGACGGGCUACUCUGCUGGGUCGACCUAUGGCAGCUCGGCGUCGUGCUCUGCGACGUGUUCAAGGAGACACCCAGGCUGCAAUAUCUACCGCUCCCAAGGGAUAACAUAUGGGGGCAGCUGUCAAACCGGAACCUGUGCGCUACCGCUGGCGGUGGCAUUCUCAAGUUCAUCAACAUCUUCCCCGUUGCUGCUAUGGCGGCGCUGACGACGAGGAUUGGCAAUCACGAUGACAUGAAGUGGGUGAAGGACGGCAUGGUUGAUGCCACCGAGCUCUGGGUGCUCGACUCCUACAAGGGCCUCCGGUGCUUCCCACUUGACCACCCUGUCGUGAGCAUGGACGAACCUGACCACAUCUGCUUCUGGUUGCACGAGCCCCCAGUUGAUGGCUAUUGGGACUAUAGAGACCGCUCGGUAGGUCUGCUAAUGGUCAACACGAGAAGCAAAACAAUACAUUCUGUCUCACCCCACGAAGAUGGGUUGUUACUCAUGCGAGAUGGUCAUCUGAUCCCCAGCAACGUAUCCUAUUUCUUCAAUUCUUAUCCUAGUAGUGGUAGUGAUGGUACAUUGGUAGGACCAAGGAAGAAGGGCAAUGCGAGGCCACUGCCAGACAUCGUUGACGAGCAGCUAAUAAGAGUUAAGAGGGGACGUGCAAGCAUUACUACCAAUCCAACAUUGCAACCAGCUUCAUUCGCUGAGCCUUCUGUGCAAGCAUCAGAGAUCUUUGAGGCAUUUCAAGAGAUACCUAGCUAUGGAUUGGAACAUGAUGAGCCCCCAGCAGUUUCGUGCGUCUGCCUCCAGAUCCUCGCGGUCCACGGCGACUCUGUGCUCAUCGAGGUUUCCAUCGAAGAAGAAAAGCAAGGCUACAUGACAGACCAGUUCGUCUACAAUGCGAGCACCGCCGCUGUGGACCCCCCCGCGGCUGCCGUCGCUGUCUUUGCUCCCGCUUUUCCAUCACUCUUAUCAUGGCACCAGCCUCAUGCGCUGUGGCGAGGACGAGCUUGUGAUGGUGCAGCUCCAGACGGUGUUGUCGGCGAGAUCGGAACCGGGCACGCCGCAGCUGAUGAGGGUGGCCGACCUCUCCUUGUUCCGUGCUGUUUCAUAGUGCUUCUCAAAGUCCUCCCAGAUAGCAGACGUGGAAGGACGAUUAGAACCGACAGGGCUAACCUCGCUCUGGCCACCGUCGGCAUCAGCCACAUCGACUGGGGGGUCAGAGUCGUCGACGGGAAGGGGAUCAGUAGCAGAACGGCCGAAGAGCAUGGCAGCGUCCUCGCGGACAUCAUCGUCCUCAUCAUCUCCGGCCAUCCCGCACAUAUGCCGCUCGUCGUUCUAGGAGUGGUCAAACUCCCCGUCGUUGUGUUGCCCAGCGCCUGGGGCCAUCUCUGCCGUCUCUGGUUCCUCGACAGCUACCACAAUCAACAGAUAAAAGUAGGAUCCAAUGGUCAGCAGGCGGGGGGGCUCCAUCCAACGGCUCAAGGUCGUGCCGCCCCCGUGCCGGCCGCUGAAGCAGGCCAUGCCCGUGCUGUGCCAUCGUGCUGGCAUCGCGGCCCAGGCACGGGCACGGGGCCAUGGCGUGCUUGGCAUGGGCACUGUAGCUGCCGGGCCGGGCCGUUUUUGUACCGGGCUUUUUCGUACCGUGCUCGUGUCGGCCCAGCGGGCUUGGCCCGUUUGGAAAACUAUAGCGGUGGCGUUCUCAUGUUCGUCAAAAUCUUCCCCCGCUGCGGCUGUGGCGACGCCGGUGACUCCCGCUGUGAACGUUAUCGCCACACCUACACCAUCCACACCUGGACGACGAGGAUUGGCAAUCACGACAACAUGAAGUGGGUGAAGGACAGCAUGGUUGAUGCCACCAUGCUCUGGGCGCUCGACUCCUACAAGAGCCUCUGGUGCUUCCCACUGGACCACCCCGUCAUGAGCAUGGACGAACCUGACCACAUCUGCUUCUGGUUGCACGAGCCCCCUGUUGAUGGCCAUUGGGACUAUAGAGACCGGUCGGUAGAUCUGCUAAUGGUCAACACGAGAAGCAAAACAAUACAUUCUGUCUCACGCCAUGAAGAUGGGUUGUUACUCAUGCGAGAUGGUCAUCUGAUCCCCAGCAACGUAUCCUAUUUCUUCAAUUCUUAUCCUAGUAGUGGUAGUGAUGGUACAUUGGUAGGACCAAGGAAGAAGGGCAAUGAGAGGCCACCGCCAGACGUCGUUCACGAGCAGCUAAUAAGAGUUAAGAGGGGACGUGCAAGCAUCACUAUCAAUCCAACAUUGCAACCUGCUUCGUUCGCUGAGCCUUCUGUGCAAGCAUCAGAGAUCUUUGAGGCAUUUCAUGAGAUACCUAGCUAUGGAUUGGAACAUGAUGAGGUAAAAGUUAAUAGAAUUCUUAGCCGUGACAACUGCCACAAGGUCAGAUCUCUUUUAAGGUUACCAAAGAAUCUAAGGAUUGGUUGUUGA